AUGUUCGAUACAACUGUAUCCAAGGGACAAAGCUCCAUGCCAAAUAUGGCUGGAGAAAUAAACAAGAAGUCCUAUGAUAAGGAGACAUUCUCAUCAUUGUUGGAAUGUUGUACUCGAUUGUUUUUCUGCGAUGAGGAAAUAGUGAUAGUCGACCUGUUUUUGGCAACGGAAAGAGCAAUUUCAGAGAAGGAUUUGGAAGAUGAACUAGGACUUCCAGAAAAUCGCUUAAGAGAACAUUUAUCAAGACUUGAGCGUCAUGGAAUACUAACUAGAUUUUCAAAUACAUCAGUAACUAAUAUUUUUCAGAAGCCACAAAGAGCAUAUAAAAAGGACUCGACUCGAGAAUCGUCCUCAACACACACAUAUUGGAGAAUAAAUAAUCAUGUAAUAAUAGUAAUACACUACAAGCUAACUAAGAUGGAAGAGAUACUACAGCAGAAGCUAAAGGGACUGUAUGAGUCAGAUAAGUUUAUUUGCCCUAAAUGCGAAUCGACGUACGACUCCCUAACAGUACAAACACUAGAAAUGGAUGGAUUUGAUGCGCAUUUCAUUUGUAAGUGCGGGACGAAAGUCGAAUUGGAUGAUAGGUCAGCAAAAGAAGAUAUUUACUCCUCCCAGCAUAAAAGGUUUCAAGAACAGGUUAAGAAUCUUAAAAAAUGCCUCUAUGAUGCAUGGGGAAUGGAAGUUCCAGAGUUCCCAGUAUUUGUAAAGAAGCACGAAAAACUCCUGUCAGAAACGAAAACCAACAACCUCGAGUCAUCAAGCGUGGUUGGAGAUAGUAGUAGCGUUGUGGGAGGAGGAAGCAGCGUAGUAAGCGACGGAAGCGAAAGCGCAGUCAAGAAAGUACCAUCGUCAAUUGUAUCAGUCGAUCGAGGCAAACUAGAUUCUUCAUUUGGAGGAAGAACAGAUAAUAAAAAAAUUAAGUUCCACAUGAAAGUUGGACUUAAGGGACCCUCACAACCAAUCACAUCCCCCAAACAACAUCAUACCAAACAAAAGGAAAAACCAAAGGAGGAUGCUGUUUAUUCAUCUCCAGUAUCUGAAAAAUCAACAGGUAACAUACCAACGUUCCAAAUUCUUAUAGAUGUGAUCCCAGACUUUUACAUUUCAAGCCUUAACAAAACAGUGACCCUUAUAGGUGUGUUUAAUCAUUGUAUAAUUACAUUUCAGACGCCCAGCAGUACCAACAGCACAUGA